CUCGCUCUUUUCACUCACCCACAAAUUCUUUCUAUUGGGUUUCAUCCUUUUCUGCUUUGCAUUAUCAGGUUUUGAGAAGCACCAUGAUCUCUUCACUUAGGCUCACAUCUUCCAAUCUCACUUCCUCUGAGUUUUUCAACAGAAAAUCUCCAGUUCCAUGGCCGAAUCUUCCAUUGCAAUCCUCGGAUUGCUGUGCUCUUAAGCAUGUCGAUCGAUCUCUUUCUACCAACAAACCACUUCACAUCUCAUCCGUUGAGAAUCUUUCUUUCCCCACAAAAUCAUCUCAGCGUUCGACGGUGUGCAAGGCGUAUGAGGCUGAAUCCCGACCUCUUCAGAUUAACAUUGAGCUUCCCGAUGAACAGACGGCUCAGAAACUCAAAAUUGGGCUCUAUUUCGCCACUUGGUGGGCUUUGAAUGUGGUGUUCAAUGUCUAUAACAAGAAGGUUCUUAAUGCCUUCCCUUAUCCAUGGCUCACCUCCACUCUCUCCCUUGCGGCUGGAUCGCUCAUGAUGCUUAUUUCUUGGGCCACUAGAAUGGUCGACGCUCCCAAAACCGAUUUCGAUUUCUGGAAAUCCCUACUGCCGGUUGCAGUGGCGCAUUCGAUUGGGCAUGUUGCAGCAACUGUGAGCAUGUCCAAAGUCGCAGUCUCAUUCACUCACAUAAUCAAGAGUGGGGAGCCAGCUUUCAGUGUGUUGGUGUCCAGGUUUCUAUUGGGCGAGAUGUUUCCAUUGCCAGUUUACUUAUCUCUUAUCCCAAUCAUUGGAGGCUGCGCUCUUUCCGCCGUUACUGAGCUCAACUUCAACAUGACCGGUUUCUCGGGAGCGAUGAUAUCGAACUUGGCAUUUGUGUUUAGAAACAUAUUCUCAAAGAAAGGGAUGAAGGGAAAGUCAGUGAGUGGGAUGAAUUACUACGCUUGCCUCUCAUUGCUGUCUCUGCUAAUUCUUACUCCUUUCGCCAUUGCUGUGGAGGGACCCAAGUUGUGGGCUGACGGAUUCCAAAGUGCUCUCUCCCAAAUUGGUCCCAAUUUCAUUUGGUGGUUGGGAGCUCAAAGUAUGUUCUACCACUUGUACAACCAAGUGUCGUACAUGUCUCUAGAUCAGAUAUCGCCACUGACAUUCAGCGUGGGUAACACAAUGAAAAGAAUCUUCGUAAUAGUGUCGUCGAUUAUCAUCUUCCACACUCCUGUCCGACCCAUCAACGCCAUUGGAGCUGCCAUCGCAAUCCUCGGAACCUUCAUCUACUCUCAGGCAAAGCUGUGAUUGAAGGAGAUCGUUGUUGACGCCGAUUUUGUAGCCACAGGGAGAGGAGAUUGUGGUUGUGUUGGUUGAGAUUUGGGCCUAGGUUAAGUCAAGCCUGAGUUCAUGUUUCCUAUAGCCCAGCCCACUAAAAUGCUGUUAGAACGUGGAGUGGCUCACUCCUCCUCUAAGCGUCCGAUUAUGGACUUGGAACGGCUCGGUUAGAUGGACCCUA